GGCGCUUGUGGAGCAUGGGUACAACUGCCAGUGCAGCUCAACAGCCUGCCCCAAUAGUACCCCCCAGUGACAGCAUCCAAGGAAAUGGCAGUGGAAGUUCAAGUGGAGAAGACAGAAAUAGCCUGAGCAUUCAUUCAUUCCAGACAGUAGGCAUCCACAAUAAAGCAAAAUCCAUCAUCACCAAUAAAGUCGCCCCUGUAGUUAUAACGUACAAUUGUAAAGAAGAGUUCCAGAUUCAUGAUGAUUUGCUUAAAGCAAGUUACUCUGUUGGGAGGAUUUCUGAGACAAUGCCAGAACACUAUCUUGUACAGGGAAAAUAUUUUAUGGUUCAUGAUGUGUACAGCAAGCUAGAUGUGUUAAACACAACAAGCAGUUGCGGGGCACCUAAUUUCCGUCAAGCCAAAGGAGGUUAUGAAGUCUAUGGAAUGGGCCAGCCCAGCCUGAAUGGUUUUAAGCAAGUGUUACAGAAGCUACAGAAUGAUGGACAUAAGGAAUGUAUGUUCUUCUGUGUCCGUGAGGAGCCAGUUGUUUUCCUGAAGUUAGAAGGUGACUUUGUGCCUUACACUCCUAGAAAAAAGGAGAAUUUGCAUGAAAAUUUGCACAAUUUAGAGAAAGGCCUACGAGUGGAGAAUCUGGAACUUGCUAUUCGGAAAGAGCUGUAUGACUUUGCCCAGCUGAGUGGGAACAGUUAUUUUGUAUAUAAUGACAUUGAACAUUUUAAAGAUGAACCUCACGCUAUUAAGAUUGAGUGUGAAGAAGAUACACAUGUAACAGAAGAAGUAUACAACAGACCUGUGUUCUUACUUCCAUCCUACAGGUACCAUCGAUUACCCUUACCAGUGGAUGGUGCACCCAUAGAAUCUCAGUUUGAUGCUUUUGUAAAUUUUCUCAGGGAAAACCCAUGUCUCUUGCUGCUUCGUGAUGCCAGCUGCCCUCCACCA